AUGGGACCCUCCAGGGAUUGUGCACCCAAUGCCGCUGCCAAUACUACAUUAGCACUCGAUUCAGCUAACCAUAUUGCUGAUGGAAUUCCAUUUUAUGACCAAUCUGAUAUUUCUACCGUUAAUACCAACAUCGAUUUUAAUAUUCCGAGUACCACUCUUCCUAUGCCUUCGUGCGAUGGCUCUCCUUCAAUUUCAGCAACGGCAUCCAAAAUUACUUCGGCUUUCGCAUUUGCAGCUGAUCUACACAAUAUUGCAAAACGAACGCCCUCUGCCAAGUCCUCAGCGUCUACGGCCUCGCGGAUCACAUUGGUGAGCCUAGCCAGCACAGGUAGCCAUAUUGCUGUUGGCCGUGGCCCCCAAGUCAGUCAUAUGGCCGCCAAUCCAGUAAAUACAGUAAACAUAUCCAUUGAAGUUAGUAAUGGCAAGAACCGCGAUCACUUGACAAAUCGGCCGUUUAGGCUCCGAACCAGGACGUUGGCCAAAAACUCAAGUGUCGCUUUGGCCACCGCUGCUACUGCCAUUGCAAAUCUCAGCGGAGGUUGCACAGGAAUGCCACUGGGAGUGACGCGAGCUUCAUCAGCUGCCUCGGUUCAUAAUCACUCGACCCAGAUGCAGACGCCCGUUGCUAUCUCUUCAUCCAGCCAGCAGGCAUUAUUUACCACCACUUUAAGUAGGUCAGAGCCUGCUGGGGCUCUAGGUCUGUUUAAUUUUUUACCUUAA